UAACGGUAUCGUCUUCCACUACGACUAGCUUUCCUUCGUGAACGGAGAGGAGGCGAAAGAAAUGGUGUCGCUGAAGCUCGAGAAGCGGCUCGCAGCCUCAGUGCUCAAGUGCGGCAAGGGCAAAGUAUGGCUCGACCCAAACGAAGGCAACGACAUCGCCAUGGCCAAUUCGCGCCAAAACAUAAGGAAGCUAGUGAAUGAUGGAUUCAUCAUCAGGAAGCCAACGAAGAUCCACUCACGCUCCAGAGCUCGCCGUAUGAAGAUCGCUAAGAUGAAGGGGCGUCACUCAGGUUACGGUAAGAGGAAGGGUACCAGGGAGGCGAGGUUGCCGACGAAGGUGUUGUGGAUGAGGAGGAUGAGAGUUCUGAGGCGGCUUCUGAAGAAGUACCGUGAGUCAAAGAAGAUUGACAAGCACAUGUACCACGACAUGUACAUGAAGGUGAAGGGAAACGUUUUCAAGAACAAGCGUGUGUUGAUGGAGAGUAUUCACAAAUCGAAGGCCGAGAAGGCGAGAGAGAAGACUUUGUCUGAUCAGUUUGAGGCUAAGAGGGCUAAGAACAAGGCUAGUAGAGAGAGGAAGCAUGCUAGGAGAGAGGAAAGACUUGCCAAGGGUCCUGGAGGAGAUGUACCUGCCGCCGCACCACCUGUCUAGACAGCAGAGGUCUCAGCGAAAAGGUCUAAUUUUGCAUAUGGUUUUUGUGAUUUAGCUUUGAGAAAACUCUUUCUUUGCGACAAGUAUGAGAACCCUUGUCCAUUAGUUUUGUCAGCAGCUCGCUGUGUUUUAGUCUUCGAAUACUUUUUAUUCCAUAUCAUGAUUAUCAUCUCA